UAUUAAAUUGUUUAUGUCACAAGUUGUUGAGCUGCACUACAUUUCCAUGCAGCACUAAACUCCAUAUUGUCCUUAUAUAAGCACUAGCCUUGAUUUCAAAAAGUAGCAACAACACAUGCAAGCAUGAGUCCCCAGAAGAAACCUCCCCUUUCCCUUCAUUGGAUGACCUUCAUUCUCAUCUUGAUCUUCAUUUUCAACAAUAUUUCUCAAGCUAGACAACCACAAUUUUCUGCAGAAAAUCCCCCCUCUGAUCAAUUUUUCGAUGCGAAUUUCAGAUGGAUUCUCGGUCUGCAGCAAUUUCAAACUACCCAAAUAAAGUUUACAAUUUCUUCAGUAGUAUCAGGACUUUUGUGCUUUGUAGCAGCCUCAAUAUCUAGUGCUGGUGGAAUUGGUGGAGGAGGACUAUUCAUACCAAUACUAAGUAUAGUGGCUGGUUUCGACCUCAAAACUGCCUCGAGUUUAUCAGCUUUUAUGGUCACAGGAGGCUCAAUGGCUAAUGUUCUGUACAACACUUUGCUUAGAAGCUCAAAUGUUGAUGCAAACAAGGGAUUGAUUGACUAUGAUAUCGCUCUUUUGUCAGAGCCCUGCAUGUUAUUAGGGGUGAGCAUUGGAGUUAUUUUGAACCGUGUGAUCCCGGAGUGGCUUAUUACAAUUCUGUUUGAUGUUUUUCUUGCUUGGUGUAGCUUUAAGACAUGUAGUGCAGGGGUGAUCUUCUGGAAUUUGGAAUCAGAAGAUACAAGGAGAAAAGAGUGUGAUGGUGUGAGUACUAAUUGUGAUGAGAAUCAAGGGAAUGUUGAGUGUGUUUUGGAGCCUCUGUUGGAAAAGGAGGAAAAGGGGGGAAUUGCUGCUAUUCCAUUGGUAAAAGUUGGAAUCUUGAUUAUGGUCUGGUUUUCAUUCUUUUUAGUGAAUCUUCUUCGUGGAGAUAGAUAUCGACAGAGUGUGAUAGGUAUCAAGCCUUGUGGCGUAAAUUACUGGAUUAUAUCAUCAACUCAAAUCCCUAUAGCCAUCAUCUUCACGAUAUGGAUAUUGUUCAGAAGAGAAGGCUGCAAUCAGAAUCAGAAUGCCAAUCUGCAGGAAAUGGAUGUUAAAACUACCUGUGAAUCUACACACAAGCUGACAUUCCCAGUUAUAGCCACACUAGCAGGGGUUCUUGGGGGAACUUAUGGAAUUGGAGGUGGAAUGCUCAUAAGUCCAUUUCUUCUGCAAAUCGGAAUAUCACCUCAGGUAACAGCAGCUACUUGUUCGUUCAUGGUGUUUUUCUCGUCAAUAAUGUCAGCUGUUCAAUACUUGAUGCUGGGCAUGGAACACGCAUAUAGCGCCCUCAUCUACGCUAUCAUCUGCUUUGUCGCAUCACUUGUCGGAUUGAUGGUAGUGCAGAAAGUGAUUAGGAAACAUGGGAGAGCCUCUUUGAUUGUGUUCUCAGUGGGGAUUGUGAUGAUUCUAAGCACCGUGCUUAUGACCAGCUUUGGGGCUAUUAAUGUCUGGAAGGAUUACAAAAGUGGGAGAUACAUGGGGUUCAAACCACCAUGUUAAAGAAAAGCCUGCAAUUAUGUUGUAUCCCCAUUGUAUGAUUAUGAAGGAGGAAGCUUAAUAAUGUUUACCAAUGUUUUUAUUAUAGAGAAAGAUGGAGACGGGCAAAUUCCACUUUUAUAA